AAUUGAUUAUUGACAACAAAUAUGGCGUCGAUUGAUUUAGAUUUUGUCUAGAGAUUUAUUAUUAAACGCUCAUGCACAUAUUGAAGGAACGGAAUAAAAAAUAACCUAACAUAUAUAGCAAAUUUUAAUACGAAAGAAAGACCAGAGUUAAUUCAAAAUGCCACCCAAGAAGAAGAAGAGUGGAAAAAAGAAGAAAUCCGGAAAGAAAUCUGGAAAAGCGUCAGCCUCAAAAUCCGGAUUAGAACAGCUGAAUGAACUGAGCAAAGAAUUUUUCUUGAUUCAGAUCAGAGAUCUAGAAAAUAGAUUAGGGCGAUAUCAGAAACGUUGCGAUGAAUUAUCAGUGGCUAAUGGACAAUUUCAUGAAAAGUUUGAACAGAUGGAUACAGAUAAACGGGAAAUUGUUGCCUUCUGGAAGAAACAAGUGGAACAAAAAACUGAUGAGAUUGCUGAUUUAAAUGAUCGUUUGGUUGGACUGGGUCAAGCUAAAGAUACAGAAAAAAGAGAUUAUGAAAGUCAGCUUCAACAGUUGCGUUCUGAAUUCCAAGAAAUGAAAGAUACACUAACAUCAGAAAAUAUGAUUUUAGGUGGCAAGCUUGCAUCUUUAGAAGAGUUCAAAGUUCAAAAGGAAGACUUAAAAGCUAAGUUUGCAAUGAUGGAGGAGGCUUUGGCAAAGAAAGAUGAAGAUCAUAAAAACAAGAUUUAUGAAUUAGAGAAAAAAAAUGUAAUAGAUAAAGAUAGAUUAAAGAAAGAUAUGAUUGUCAAGGUCAAUACAGUUGCAGCAGAGUUCCGUAAAGUUUCUAACAAACAAAUGGCAGAGACAACUAAACGUACAAUACGAGAAAAUGUCUCUAUUAAUGCCCAGCUAGCUAAGAUGUCUGACAAAACAAUGGAAUUAAUCCGUGAAACUGAUGAUUUUAAAUCAAAAGAUAAAAAGAAUAAGCAACAUAUUGAAAUGUUAGAAGUAAAUGAGAAAGAAUUGGCAAAGAAAAACCACAGUAAUAUUAAGAUGAUUAGAAUGUUAACAGAGAAAUGUAGAAAUCAAGAAGCUAUGAUCAGUGAAUAUGAAUUACGAGAACAAGAAUAUCAGGAACUAGAUAGUGAAACAGAAUUACUCCGUAGACAAAUAGAAAGUUCUAGAGAAGAGAUAGAAAAUUUAGCAAAAGAAAAUGAGAAUCUGGAAAAUCAAUUAGACAAGACUAUAGAAACAUUGAACCAGUCUCGAAAUGAUCGUACUAAGAUUGACCAAGUACUCAGUGAUACAGCAUAUGCACUUAGAGUAGCUCUCAGGAAAACUGAGCCUGAUGAAGAAGAUGAAUUAGCUGAUGAUGACUAUGAGAUUGAGAGAAGAGAUCAGAUGUUAGAACAACUUUUGAUAUUAUUAAACAGUGCCGCUGCUGUAGGUGUCGGCCCUCUACCAGGAGAUCUCGGUAAACGUUAUGAAGAACAAAUGAAAAGUUUUACUAAAUUGCCAAGCAGCAGAAUGGGAAUUAGAAAAGGACAAGUACCAAUGUCACCAAUCUCUAAAUCAGGAGGAAGUAUAGCUCAUUAUAGUCUGGGUGAUCUUGGCUUAAUACCCCGUCCUAAACAACAUAUACCCACCAGUCUGGAUAAAAUCAGAUCAUUGUCUGCAACAACUCGAUUAGGUUCGCUACGUAAGGUAUUAACACGAUCUGUAGCAAUCCAGACAGUUAGUGCACCCAAGGCUAUGUUUUAUGCCGAUCAACUGUUGAAGAAUGUUCCGACCUCUGCCCAAGCUGUUAUGUACACAAAAUUACAUGAUGAUAAACCAAAAUUACCAAUGGCUCUUGGUCCAAUAACCACAACUAAACGUCUAACAAGUAAAGCAUAUUAAUAUUGUUAAAUGUAUGCAAAAUGUUUCACAGUGUUGCCUACCAGUAGUUGUUAUGCCUGUUUAAUUAUUCAAGUAAUUCGCAUAUAUUGAAGAGUUUCACAUGUUUCACAUGUUAUAAAAUGUUUAACAUGGUAAUGUUGCAUGUUCAAAUGUAUGUGUGGUUUAAUGGUUGAGAGCGAGACAUUAAUUAAUAUAUUGAUACUGCAUGAGGACGUUAGCCGAGGGCUGUUUCAAUAUAUUACGCAAUGUCUUGCACAGACCAUUAAACAAUAUAAAAUACAGACACUAUCCCACACAUGCAUUUCAAUGAAAACAUCACGCGAGUCCAAUAUUUCAUCUGCUAAAAUAUAAAGUAUGUUGCCAAUAUCAAAGGAUGGCGUCACAUCUGUAUUUUGAUCAUAAAUAAUGAUGACUGUUACAUGUAUAUUUCACUUAAUUUAUUCAAAUGGUAUUUUAAAACAUUUUGUUAUAUAUAUAAAGAGUACUAGGACUAGUUCUGUAUACAAAACCUGCUGAA